AUGAAUGCGUCUGAUAAUCCCCGAAUAGGGUCUCUCUUUAACGGGGCUAUUCAUUGGUUGGCUUUUCGUUGUGAUAUACCAAUGAAUGUUAUUGUUGCCUUUGAUUUAACUGAAAGAAAAGUUUUAGAGAUGUCUUUGCCAGAUGAUUUUGCUUACAAUGAUCCUUACUAUUGUGAUUUGUGGGUAUUUGGAGAAUUUCUCAGUCUAUGGUCUAUGGGGAAUGAUACGGUUGAAAUAUGGGUUAUGAAAGAAUACAAAGUCCAUUCAUCAUGGACUAUCACUCUUGUUCUUCCAAUUGAUGGCAUUUCCACUCAGUACUUUUCCCCAAUAUGUUGUACAAACAGUGGUGAUAUUAUUGGAACAGAUGGUAGCUCAGGAUUGGUGAAAUAUGAUGACAAAGGGAAGUUCCUAGAUCAUCGCUCCUAUGGUAACGAUGAACGUGGAUCCCAAGUGGUCAUGUAUGUAGAGUCACUGCUUUCACUCCCUGUUGUUGACAGUGUGCAAUCAUAA